UGUGGAAAUUCUAUAUUCUAUAGAAAAUAUUAAAUCCAAUGAGUGACGCUUGAACAAGAUGGAAACAAACUGUUUAGUGAUCGCGUUGCUGACGCUGAGUUCUGUGUACUGUGACAGUGUGUUCAAGAGCAUACCAGUGACUGUCAAAAGUUAUGAGAAUGACAGUGUGCUGCUGCCCUGCUAUAUUCAUGACACAGACGUCGAUAUCCGGGUCCGGUGGUACAAGGGCGAGACCCUACUAGGAGACAGUCGAGACCCCCACCAUCUCCUACCACCGAGGACCCGUCUCCACGCGAACUACAGCUUGGAGAUUGAUGACCUUACUGCAGAUGACACUGCUGAAUAUACUUGCGAGGUGAUCCGUCCUAAACCAUGGGGCCCGAUUAAACAGACGCACGCCAUCGAAGUUCAGUCUUCACCCGUGAUCAGGACGAUACCAGAAGACGGUUUCCUCGAGGUGAAGAAAGGGGAGUUCGUGGACAUCGGCUGUGAGGCGAGCGGCACUCCACAGCCGUACGUUACUUGGAACAAGAAUGGCGAGCCCAUGGCGCUGCUAGAACACCGGCACCGAAUCAAAUUCAAGGCUGAACACCGUCUGCUGGCCGGGGUGUUCCGCUGCACGGCAGAGAAUGGCGUCGGAGAUCCAGCUACAGCCGACAUUCGGGUCAUCAUUCACGAUGCGCCUGUGGUGUCAGCGGUGCGCAGUUUCGUCCACACCGCGGUCGGGCUGCGAGCGGCGUUAGCGGCGCGAGUAGAAUUCGCGGCUCCGAUGCCAAGAACCACGUGGUAUCGGGACGGGCGCGCCGUACACACUGAUGACAGGAUACACAGGGUGGUCCAGGAUAACGUGCACCAGCUCAUAUUCCGUCGAGUCCAGGCCAGAGACCUGGGGAACUACACCUUCCGAGCCGAAAACGCGCUCGGCAUGGCGGACGUCUCCUUCAAACUCACAGGGGUGCCAAACGUGGCUUCCUUCAAAGUGGAUCCGGCGUUAAACAGGGCCACCUCUACCGGCUUUACUCUCAUCUGGGAGGUGGAUUCAUACUCCAACAUCAUUGAAUACAACCUGUGGCUACGGCCGUACUACGGUCGACUAGCGGCUGAGCCUGACAGCUUCACUACACAGCCCCCGGCCAAUCUCUGGCACAAGAUCAUCGUACCUGGGGACUCCAGCGACGGGCCAAUUCAUAGUGCCACUUACACAGUGAGAGGCCUCACGCCAUCUACCGUCUACGAAGCGAUAGUCACGUCAAGAAACAGUUUCGGAUGGAGUAAACCUUCGUCGGUCUUGCAUUUUGCGACUGAACCUGGAGCGGGCAACUAUUCUCCUGUAACCCACGAUUACAACGACUACCCAAUAGUCCUAGAAGACCCGAAGGAAGCACACAACCUGACACAAGCGAUGGUCACCUACAGCUCAGGAUCGGUCAUCCAACCGGCGGCCAUUUUGAUUUCUGUCGUAAACUUCAUUGUGAUUGGUACAUUUUGAUAAAGCAUUAGGUUAUGCAGUUAUGGAGUUAACAUUAAAAACUGCUACUUGCUCAUUUCAGAUCGGAUCUUUUUGUCUUUCUAAUCGCCACUUGCACCAACCGUUAACCUAUUGUCUAAUUAUACUGGUAACAGAUCUGGUAAAAAUCGGUUUUACUAGAUUGUAAAGUUUUUGAGAGUAACAGCAAAAAACAGGAUAUGUUUAUCUAAAAGACUGUCUUGAAGAAACUGUCAUAAGGGCCAUCAAUCGACGCGAGAGGUAUAGGUACAGUGGCAACGCCAUCUAGUGAGAUUAGUAAUUUUCAUUUAACAUUUCGUUUGUCUUCAUUUUCAUUUGUCUUACAAAUUUAACUGACGUGUUAGGAACAAUUGGCGUCCUUUAUUACCCUUCUAGCAAGUCUGCGAGUGUGAAAGAGAUGAAUGUCAGCAGUAUCGUUUUACAGAGUACUAGGUAGUAACUUUUAUCUAAAAUUAAAUGCCCUAUCUUGGAGUCUCAACAGAUUUCGUAUCUAUACUUACUAAUACAUAUUAUGUAUGUUUCAUGUUCCUUCCUGAUAAUAUAUUAUUUAUAAACGUAAGAUUAGUUGUAAGGUUUAAUUAACAACUAUUUUCGCAAUAAAACUAUGGAAGUAAAA